AACAGUCGAAUAUACAGUUGUGCCGCGUCUGCUUUAGAUGAUCUGUGAAACUAGUUUCACUUUUCUCUCUAUUAUUACCAAUCUUUGUCGUCAUAGUGUUACAAUUGCUUUCAAUAACCUGGAGUUUUGUACAGGAUCUGCCAGGGGGUCAAUCGAAACGGUGGGGGUUUAGAGAAGGCGGUACACAAAAUUUUUCGGAAUAAUUGAAUGGUGCGCAUUAUAAACAAUUAGACGGAUUGAACACGACCUAGCCCCGACCAAUACGUUCGAUCACAAUCAAUCGAUUUGCGUAUUACCUACUUACGAAUUUUUCGUGAAAUGCUGUCUCAUGUUAUGCACUUUACGUCACGGUAAUUAAGAUUGAGACGAAGUGCUGUGUUUUAAUAAGGUUAUACGCCAAAGAUUGGGACGAUAGUUGAGGAAUUUAAUUUGACUCAUAGGAGCGCCCGUCAAGCCUGUAAAAAAAGCUAGAGCGAUUUUUGGUUCGCACUGCUUUUCGUAAUUACUGUAAUAGUUAAUUCGGGUUAUCCGCAUGGUGACGAAUCCGACUCGGAACUAUUCCCUGUACCGAAUAUUUACUCGUGCUAGUUUUCGUUUUCAUCUUGGUUCUUCAAGCUUUUGUCCUAUCAUACUACUCUAUUCUUGCCCUACAUUGUUUUGGUGCACCUGUCUAAAACAUGAAUUUAUAGCUUUUUUUUACUGACUAUUUUAUCUCCUUUUCGAACUGAUUACGUAAUUUUAAUUUGCCUCCGGUGGAGAAUGCCUAAACAGAAAUUGAGGAAAAUCACUAGUUUGCAAACAAUGUGUUGUGUCAUUGGAUUUCCCUGAAGGUGCUGAAAAUCUCUUAUCAAUUUAACGUUGGGCUCAGUUUGGUUAUAAGCAUUGCUUCCAACGUGUCAGAACAUCAACUAUAUAGUAUGUGGUGGUGGGAUAGAAAGAAAGUAUCUGAGUGUGUGAAUGAUGACGGAAGUACCAUCCAAGGAUUCUGGUGAAGGACUGCCUCGUCAACACGGAAUCAUGUCAGGUCCACCUCCACAUCACUACAAUCAUCCACCACCUGACAUUAUGCCUAAAGGGCUUGUAAUCAAUGGAGUGCCAGGGAGAUUACGACAAUUAGAGGCGCUGUUUGUUGGUGGUCCAGUACAAGGUGGUCGAGUGGGUCAUACAUUUUCUAUUGAGACACUCAUAGAUAUUUUACUAGUUCUUUAUGAUGAGUGUUGUAAUUCCUCAUUACGCAGAGAAAAAACAGUUUCCGACUUUAUUGAAUUUGUAAAACCUGUGGCUUCAUGUAUUAAGAGUUUGCAAUUAGUACGUGAGGACUUUGAUAUUGUGAAAGUCAUUGGAAGAGGUGCAUUUGGAGAAGUGUGUGUUGUGAAGAUGAGAGGCUCUGAUAAAGUCUUUGCUAUGAAAAUCUUAAACAAGUGGGAAAUGCUAAAGCGAGCAGAAACUACUUGCUUUAGAGAGGAACGUGAUGUUUUGGUAUAUGGUGAUCGCCGAUGGAUCACGAAUCUCCAUUAUGCCUUUCAGGAUGACAAUAAUUUGUACCUGGUCAUGGAUUACUACUGUGGUGGGGACUUAUUAACACUACUGAGCAAGUUUGAAGAUCGACUUCCUGAAGAUAUGGCACGUUUCUACAUAGCGGAGAUGGUGUUGGCUAUUGGAUCCAUACAUGACUUGCGCUAUGUUCAUCGUGAUAUUAAACCAGAUAAUGUUCUGUUAGAUGCUAAUGGACAUAUUCGGUUAGCUGACUUUGGUUCGUGUUUGCGUCUUUUUGAAGAUGGCACUGUACAAAGCAAUGUUGCAGUUGGAACACCUGAUUACAUUUCACCAGAAAUUCUCAGGGCUAUGGAAGAUGGUCAAGGGAGAUACGGGCCUGAAUGCGAUUGGUGGUCACUAGGAGUAUGCAUGUAUGAAAUGCUUUAUGGGGAAACACCUUUCUACGCGGAAUCUCUAGUCGAAACAUAUGGGAAAAUAAUGAAUCACAAGAAUUGUUUUGAUUUUCCAACGGAUGAUAUAUAUGACGUUUCCGAAGAAGCUAAGGACCUUAUGAGAAAGUUAAUAUGCAGUUCUGAGUUUAGAUUAGGUCAAAAUGGCGUCGAAGAUUUCAAGAAACAUCCUUGGUUUGAAGGACUGAACUGGGAUGCAUUAAGAGAUAGCACCGCUCCCUAUGUUCCUGAAGUUUCUUCCCCCACCGACACAUCUAAUUUUGAUGUUGACGAUACUGAUGUUCGAAGUUCCGAUGCCGUUCCCCCGGCUGCUAAUUCUGCUUUUUCGGCUUUACACCUUCCUUUUGUUGGAUUCAGCUUUACACAAGGAAGGUAUAGUUUCAUUUUCAAGAAAGCAAAAUCUACUAAAUCUAACAGUACAUAUUAGGUCUACUGGAAAGUUCUGUCCGAUAAUGCCGUCUCAAGUUUCAAUACAAACCGACAGAACUUUACGGUAAACCUAAUAUAUUAAACCACUAUUGACCCAUGACAUAUCAGUCAACCGUUUUAUAAAUGGAUUAUUUUUAUCAGUUGUGAUCUUGUCAUCGGUGGAAACAAUGCAAAUAUCAAUAUAAACCUACUUUAGAUUUUCAAAUAAUUACACGGUAUUUAACGAAAAUAUUAUUUUAAUAUUGAAAAAUAUAGAAGUAUCCAUUUAUAAAGUAAAGAGAGUCAACUAUUUUGAAUCGCUGACGUCAAAGGCGAGGAUAUCACGUAAAAUUCCUAACCACUUCAGCGAAACAAAUUACAUUUACAGCAAACACUAAGCCUGGGAGAAACGAUAGAUAUUCACGUAAUAUGUCAGCCGGUCAAUUUUUAAUUUAUCUUGCACUAAGAAAGGAGAUCUAAUCCAAAAGUCAAUCUGCCAAAGCCAGUGACAGGCUUUAAGGUGAUAUGAAAGGUGUUGAGAAAUUUAAUCGAUGUCGAUAAAAUAAAAUUCA